GAAUGUUUCAGACGAUCCGCACGUUUUGGACAUGUCCAAUCGAGGUCUCAAAAAACUCGAAAAAAGGGAUGGCGUCGGUAUCGAAAAGGUAUUUCUGGACCACAACGAGCUUUCCAAGUUGGAUAACAUUGACUGCUUCCUUGACGUCCAAAAACUCUCUGCCAGCCACAACCAGAUCACACGGAUGUACUCGCUGGCCAGGCUAUCGCAGCUCUCAAGCAUUGAUCUUUCUAACAAUCUCAUUAUCUGCAUUGAAGCGCUCAAGGAUCUUAAGUACCUGGUCUCAGUAAACCUCUCGAACAACAGGAUAAAGAGUCUUCAAAGCAUCCAGUACUCUACUACCCUUGUGUACUUGGACCUGUCCGGGAACUUGAUACCUUCACUGAUUGACCUCACAUCAUUGACUCGAUUAAAAACACUCCUUUUGAAGAGAAACGAGAUUACAACACUGCAAAAGGCACAAGCGUACCUUCCAAGUGGACUCUGUGUCUUCUCAGUUGCAGAGAACAAAAUUACUGACCUCACAGAGGUGUCCUUCCUUUCCCACCUCUCUUCUUUGGAGAGCUUCUCUAUCGGUGGAAACCCCUGUGUCAACAUGACCGGAGGCAUUGUUGGUUUUGACUACCGGCCCUACGUCAUCAACUGGUGUCUCGGUCUCAGAGUCCUGGAUGACUUUGUUGUCACACAGAGGGAAAGCCUAAAGGCCGAGUGGUUGUACAGUCAAGGCAAAGGGCGCUGUUUCCAUCUGGGCGACCACCUGGCGCUUGUUGAGUACCUGUCACAAGUCUGCCCACUUACUGGUGCCGACCAGAUGGAAUCUGAGGACGAAGAGCGCAUCUCGCGCAUCCUUCGGAUGCAGCGCCAGCACCGAGAGCAGCUGCUACACGAGAUGUCGCCUGCGGCCGCAGCCGCCGCCGCUGCCGCCGCCGCUGCUGCCGCUGCUGCAGGCCCUGUGCAAGACAACUCAAGGCACCACCACCAUCACACGCCGUCUGGAAACCGCAGGCCCAAGAGCGCCGUCGGAAGACUGCCAUCAUCACGACAGGCUAGCCUCGCCAAGGACAAAUGGUCCGACUUCUCUACGAGCGAGGACGAGCGGAGCGGCUCGGUGUUCGACCCGUUCCCCGACCUGCUGGCGCACUCGGACGAGGGGCCAUCGAGGUCGCAGACUCAGUGCCAGCUGGGCGACGCCUCCGAAAUGCUGGGUGCUGAGCUGACCCGGUCUGCGAUGGACCCCCAUAGCCCAGUCUCCAUUGAAAGAGUCUCCUCGGACGCCAACGAGAGGAGCAGACAUAGGCGUUCCCGCAAGGAUGACAUCAUGACGCGAUCCGUUCCGGAAUUCCGUUCAGACGGAUCACCGGUUUUGCACAACUACGGAAAGUCUUACGGCAGGACAUCUCCGCGGGCCAUCCCCGUCCGCAAGGUGUCCUCCAAGAGGACGGAGCCUCCCUCGUUCGCCGGCGGAGGAAGCGGCAUGUCGUCGACGCGCAGCUUCGACGGGUGCGCCGGGGGCGGCAGCAGCACGCCGACGGCCCCGGCGGCGGCAAGCCGGUUGCACCAGCGCAGCCCCUCCGACGGGGGCCUGAGCCGGAGCGCCAGCUUCCGCACGCCGGCGGGCCGAUCGCCCUACGCCACGGUCGCCACCGCGUCGCCGCGAAAGACCCAGCGAUCCUCGUCCGUCUCGGCCGCCUGCCCGCUCGCCUCCUCCUACUCCUCGGCAGCCUCGCCGCACAAGGCUCCGACCAGGACGGCUUCGAAGUACUGCAAUGGGCCAGCCUACGCUCCAGCCACUCAAGGCAACCUGAAUGCCGCCGCCGCCAACAACAACAACAACAACAACAACAACAUCAACAACAACAUAGAUGUGCUGUCCCUGGUGGAGAGUGACCCCCUGCUGAAGCAGCGCAGCCAGGCUGUCGGCCUUGAGGUGCUGGACAGGGCAGCUGUACGCAUCCAGGCACUUUGGCGAGGCUACCGCACUCGCAACCACAUGAGUCGCGUGCGGCGUGCCUGUCAGGAGGUGCGGUUGCGCCGGCUCGAGGAAUGCGUGCUGGAUGUCCAGUCCAAAGUGGCGGCCACUGAAAAAACAUUGCUCAGGCAGCAGAAAGAAAUGGAAGAAGAGAGAAAAUUCAGGAAUGCAAACAAGGAGGCUCUGGACAGGCUGCUAAAGCAUAUGGACCAACUGGAAACACACAUUGCCAAAGUGUAUCAGCAGCACUUACUGCUCCAGCAGCAGCUGGCGCACCAUUUCGACAGUGUCUUCAAGCCCAUCCACAGCGAGCCACAGUCAGAGUCGUCGUCAUCCGAGGCAACUGUCGGGAACAGCGCAUCCACCGCUUCAUCUGCUACGAGUCAUUCACCUGCCAAAGGCACCACACCAAAGCACCUCGAGAAAGAUGCUGGAAAGCAAAGUGGCCAAGGAGACAUUUCAGGGCGUGCAGAACAGCCAAAGCCAGAGCGGAAGCCAGAGUCCAGCCAUCAUUCGAGCCAUGAGCAAGUGUCGGGCGAUACAAUGAGUGCAGAUGACACGUCUUGUGCGAGCUUCUCAGAUGCUGAGGUGCACUCAAGCAAAACUGAAGCAGCAUCAGACACUAAACGACAAACGCCAGCAAGCCUGGAAGCUGCCUGCCUGACAGAAGUAAAUGACAGGCUGGCGAGGUUGGAAGCUGUCAUAAUGAAGCUGGCCAUCCCAGACAGCAGCAUGGAGCACUUGGGUGCUGCAUUUGCCAAGCCAUGAAGAAUUGCAGCGCAGUUUCACAUUCUCCUCUGUGGUUUCUUCGCUGCACAAAACUCCUGCACUGUUCUACAAUACUUGCACUGCUGCGCUUUCUUUUACCGCUCCAGUUCCGAGAUGUUUGCAUUGGAAAGCUGCAGAAGGAAAAAAAAAGGUCUCUUGUGUUUUCUACUCAAGCCAUUGCAUCAAAUAUUUAUUUUCUCUGUAAUUAUUGUAUACAAAGAAUUUUACCUCGCUGUAUCAUACAAGGCUUUGUAACUUGGUGCUUCAGCGUUUUUUCACACAAUCGCUCAUUACACGAGGAAAGUUGGCAUAAUUGGCAGUGCUCGAGAACGUGCCCUCGAGGCUUUCGCGAUUGUCGCAUCUGUGUUACCAUGCAAUGGUGAAAGAGAAACUGAUUUGGACUCUCCCCUUUAGGUGCCGUUCAGUUCGAAUAAGUCGGGCCUCAUUACAAUGCAGUCGCCACUGACAUGAAAAUGCCAUUGUUGCAUCCAAUGCACGUUAUAACCAUGUAUUCAUUGCAUGCCGAUAUCGGCAAGAAACAUCUUGCUUUGUUACAUCCAAAAAUGUAUUGCGUACCAACUCGCCCAGCUAUCGUUUCUUCUGCAUUAUAUAUUCGUCACACUGAUAUAUUCCUUCUGUAAGAAAAGUUUGCAUUUGUUCGACCAAUUUAUGACGACAUGGUGCAGAAACAAACUGAUAUCUUCUGAACUGCAGGUACUCUGCAAUUGACAAGUGGAGCUAGCAUUUGCACUGCCAAACCAACUAACCACGUGUGAAUUUCAGCAUUCCAAGUUUUGCCCAGUUCACCACACAACCACCCGGUAGCAUUUGUUACAAGCUUUUCAAUUCACGAGAUGUUUGCUAGGGAGAUGCUAUUUUAAUGCCACUCUAUAUUUAGUUCUGUUGAGGCAAUGCUCAUUUUGUCAUUUUAUGUGCUGUCUUCUGUAGCUUGUUUCUUUUUGCUCAAAUUUAUGUGUUGUGGUAGUCAUUGUGCUGUCUCUGCUGUUAAUGCCAGCAGGCAAGCAGCUUUAAGCGAAUAUUUUGGUUGUUUCUUAUGUUAAUCGUCAAGUUGUCAUCGAUGCAAAAGUUAUUUAAUAAAUUAAGCUAGUUAUUGAAAACCUUCAACUUAAUUUUAUUCAUAAAAGCGAAACUGUUCUUGGAUUACAGUGCGAGGCAUCGUGUUUUUAGUACAUGCAAAUCAUGUCUCUCCACUCCAGUAACAAGGUUCUGGCUGCAAAGCAGUCACAGUGGAGCCCCAAUUAUACAUCCAGGCAUUUAGUGCAGCUUUCUGAAUUUCUACAGAGAUUGGGCGCAGGCCUGAUGAUCUAUUCAUAGGUAGUCAGCACUGGAAUUUAUGGCAGUGUUAUGUCAUGUGGUCUAACACAUAAAGGAAUCUCAGGGCAUACAAGUGUUCAUGUCCUAGCUAAGACUGCAUUUCAUUAGCCUCAUGGCAACUAUUCACAGGUGCACUCAAACGUGGAACUCCAAAGAUUGCUGCAUUUGAGUGCUACUGAAGACUGUGCAUGUCUGCACACAUCAAGGCGUGCGUCAUUUGAGUUUUCUCAUUUCUUUCAAUGCCAAACAGACCACUUUUUCCACACUUGCAGUACUACAGGGCCUUGUUCUGUCCUUAAAUAAUCAAGUGCUUUCUCUGCUACGUUAAUGUUGGUGACUAAAAGGAAACCAUUUAUUUGUUAAGCUGCUUCCAAGUGCAGCACUUCUUCAGUUUGCAACUAGAUUACGCAUUCAACAUUUGUUCAUUGUAAGACCAUGGAUCAAAGCUUAUUGUUUUCAUUUUGAAUUGGUACUUGAUUAUUUCAGCUGUUUACUCACUGCCCACCCCCUAAGCUUGAUCAUUGAUUCUGCGAGUUCCUGAAGACCGGUAUAAUUUGGCUUCCAUUGUGCCGCUUGUGUCCACAGCUCUUACGAGGAACCACCGCUUGUACCUUAGCAGUUCCUUGAUGAGGCAAACUACUUCCUCGAACGAAGGAGAACUGUGGUUUGGAUUGGUCCUUAAUGUGCUGUGAUCUCUUUCGUAUUCCAUUCGAGCACAAGUCUCAUCACGCUGGAAAUAAAGCCACGCGUUUAUUGGCUACUGAAAGCAUCAAACUGCUACUUUACAGCAUGCUAAUUAUUUUGUAAUAACAUUUGGAGAUGGUGGAUGCUCGAUGACACUCUAUCCAGAAGUACCGAGGCCAGUGGGCAUGAACCGAUCUGGUACAGAAGGCUUGUGCACAACAAGAAUACAGAAAGGGCUCAAGGAUAUUUGGAAUACAGCACCAGCUAUUUGAGCAUUUGCACAGCAAGAGCAGCUGCCUGAACAUUCUUCACCCAAAGCUGCUCGUGUCUGUCUGCUUACAUUGUUUGUGUAUCAAAAUGCAGCAUGUACGAAAGUAAUAUACAAAUGUGCAUAUAGUUGCUUGAAGUAUCUGCAACAUGCUACAAACACUUGAGGUGCAUAUACUGCAAGGACAUGUUGCGCACGCUUGAAGCUGUCCCGCUCAAACACACUGCAUCUGGCCUGCACUGUUGCAAAGACAUGCACAAUCUAAAAUUACUUGUACUUGUGCAAUGCAAUUACUUAGACACAGGACAGAUUCAACAUCCUUUGAAACCAGCUCAACCCAUCUUGAAUUUCUAUCAGCGGAAGGCUGAAAAACUACUUUUUUUCUCUCAAACAUGAGAAAGCUAUGCAGAAACGACAGGAACUAAGUCUUUGCCUCAUUAUAACCACACUGUGUGGAAUAACUUUAGCAAACAAGAUGGCAGUUACAAUGAUGGGAGUACUUGUGUUACUUUUUGUUUGAAAGCAUUUAAUGCGCAAGCAAUUCAAUAAUGUAGGCGAGUGUCUAGGGUGCAAUGUUAAUGAGAAGUCUAAUUCCCGUGUCUAAACUUUGUCCCUGCCAGUUUUGACAUGACAAACAGCUCAUGGCUUAAGAUGUAGCCUGUGAAGGUCACUGCUAGGGGUACGACCAAGUACUUUAGCGGCCGCACUGUGUAGUCACGUGCGUGUUUAUUCUUGCUUCACUGUUCAUUGUAGCUAGCAGGCAUUCCAUCCAGUAGACACUCUGCAUGUUGUGGCCACCUAGAACAUAGCGUGCCAAUGUGGUUGUGCUGCUUCAAUGCAGCUACGCUGUGACCACAGUAAAACCUUGUAAUGAAGAGGGAAUGUAGCAAAGUAAUAACAAAUGUAACAAAUGUAGAUCCUAUUGAAAGCUCUGUGGUUGGAAACAUAUAAGGCUAUAGCGAAGCAACUGUUGUAACAAGAGGAAAUUCACACCUCCUUCAAUUUCAUUGCUGUAAGGUUUUACUGUAGUUUGUUAUUGCUUUUGCCUGUUCUAUCUAGUGACACCCCCCCCACCCUUUGCCACUCCCCACUUCCUAGCAGAUAUAAAAGCAGUUGCUCUGUGUGUUCAUUUGUAGUGUGUAUGGAGAGUGCCAAUAUGCAUGUGCUUUAGCGUAAAUGUCUUGUGCUGAUUUGUAGCGUGUUUCAGUAGUUUCAAGCUAUAUUUUUCAGAGCAUUCUAGUCAGAACACCUUUGCAAUGCUCUUCCAGACAUUGUGACCAAGACCGAAGGUGUCCUUCGAUUAAAUUGACCAAGUGAAUUUUUUGGCACCGAUGGUCGAGCAAGCGAUGAAUGAAUCUGCAACGCUUCUGGUGCGCAGCUCUCUGGUGUGAACAAAAGAUUUCAAGCUUGCUUAAUAGCUUGCACAUUAAUCUUGCACAAUUAUCAAGAAUGUCAUAAAGAAGUGUUGAUUUAACAAUAGCCCAGAAACUCUGAAUGCAUUGGUUUGUUACGACACCUAGCCAAGAUAAAUACAUGAAGUUUAUCUGACA